GUUACUCCUUAGGGGAUGCCUAGAAGUAUUUAGGAUACCGCAAGCCAUUGGAAGAUCACCUCUAAAACUCCUGUACUCCAGUGAGUAAAGGUUCAAUGAUUGGAGGAGCUGAAGGAGAACGUGGAGCUAUUAUAACAUAGGAAGCACCACAAAGCGAUAAAAAGAGGGCAUUUAUUCCAAGAAAACAAUAUAAACCUUUCAAUUGAGGCCGAUUUUGUUUUGCUGCAUGAGUUGGCAGUGGGCAGACUGAGAUCACAGGACAUGGUUUCGGAAAUUCACAGGAGAGUACGUCCAUCCUAUUUUCACAUUCAUGUUCAAAAUUAUCAUUGCAGUCUAUAUUCCACAGGAUUGCUGAUUCAAUUACAGGGUUUGUUCCAUCGUCGAUUUUACCGACAAUUGAUGUAAGUAUCGGGUUUCCCAAUUCAACUAUUCAGGUUCCUCCUGCGAAAUCGGAUGACCCACUUAAAGGAGAUUUGAGAACUAACCUUAAAAGAACCAAUGAUGUUCUUGAUCAUUGUAGUGAAUCAGGACUUAAGAAUAAAGCAUGGGGCCAUAAAGAUCACACUUUGAGAUAUGCGAAUGUUGACCUUGAUGCCGCAGAUAAGUCGGAAAGUGAAUGCAGCCUUCACUCUUUUUCUACAAGUGGAGUUUCGUCGUUAAUGCCCAAGUCGUGGGUAUUGGGAUGCAAAAACGGCCAAAGUAGGUCUACGGCUCUACGUAUGGAACUGUGUUCAGAUAGCUAUAUGAACACACAUAAAGUAUGCGACUCGGUGGAAGUAACCUGUUGUAAACCAUCACUUUCAUGGCAGACCUCCCGGAAUGACUUUAAAACAUGCCCUUAUCCCUUGCCAAAACGCCAGCGCUUGUCCACAACAACGAACCUUAGUCCCUCAUUUACCUGUCGUUCUCGUUUGGGAACUACAUACGGAGGAGCUGCCAGUUGUCGUAAUGCUCGAGAGCUGUUCGAAUUCACUACGCCGUUGAAAUUUGAUUUAUAUUCAGAUCGAAAUUCUCAACUCCGAAGUAAUCCAACCGCUAAUUUGAGUUCUACUGCUCGGAGAAUUCUCGAGACAUUAGAGAAUCUUUCGGCUCCACUCACUUCGGGUUAUUUACAGUCCACCGUUCGAAAACAUGUUAAACAGGUCAAGACUCGUGAGAAAUCUCAUCGGUUUCCACCGUUCUCAAAAGGUUAUGAAAAAGUUGAUUCCUUUCGUAAAAAUUGCAAAAUGCAUUCAUUUUGUGAAAACGGAGCUCAAAAUCAUUUACAGUCUCAUGUCUCAUCGAAGCCAGCAGUAUUUCUUGAAAGAGUGCAAAAGCAGGGACAUGUCACUGUCGAAUGUCCCAAAAUCACUGUUAAGCCAAUCUCAGAUAUGUGUAAACGAGAAGACAAUUUACUACCUGUAUACACAUUCGCAGAUCCAAUUCACAAGUUUUCUCUGCAUGAUCACAAAACUGCCGUGUCACCCACAGCCCACCAUGAAUAUCUUUUCAGCUGUCCAAGUCGUUCGUGUUCUAGAUGCUCGACAGGGCUAAUUGGUUCGGAAUUCAGUUUACGACAAAUCACUACGGAAAGUAAUUCAAUCAAAUCAAAAAUUACAGAAAUUAAUGCAUGGCGUUGCGAAACUUGUUUGUUGGAGAAUUCAGACAAAAGGGUUGCAUGUCAAGGCUGUUCUAUUCCAAAAUCGAAACCUCAGCAUGCAGAAGAGUUAUAUUUUGUAUCGUCUGCCCCAACGUCUGUACAUACAGUGGAAACGUCAGUAUCAAGCUUAUCAGCAAUCAACAAAGAGGCUUCGCAAUGGGAGUGUCCUACGUGCAUGGUAUUUAAUGAACAAAAUGCUACCAAUUGCAUAUGCUGUCAAACUUUAAGGCCUACAAAUAUGUCAACAAGUGUGUGGUACUGUCCCACUUGUUUGGUAGAAAAUAAUAAAUCGGAUAAAUGCUGCUGUUGCUCUACAGUAAAACCUAAUGGAAAACCGAAUAGUCACACAAUUACAAAUAACUCAAGCUUAUCUAAAUUAGCUAGUCAACCGCUUGGCCAUUUCCAGUUCGGGUUUGGUGUACGAGGUCCUAAUAAUUCGGAGAAGUUGGAAGCUUUUCCUUCGAAUAACGUUCAUGAUUCUGAGCAAGACGAUAAGGUUCAUCCGAAUAAAGAAACGAAGUCUUCUGAUACAUUCAGUAAAUCACCUCAAAAAAAACAAUCAGAAUCACUUGCUUGUGGCGACUUUAUUCUACAGACAAAUCAUAUACCUCAACUCAAGUGGCCAUCUCAGUUUGAUAGUACUAACAGCAACAUUGACUUAAAGGGUAUCGAACCAAGUACUACAACUAGUGUACGUUCGUCCUUGGAGCAAACUCAGUUACUGAAUAGCACCGGUUUUAAAUUCACAUUCACCACCACUAAUAAUCUCGUGUCAGUUAACCCUACGAAUUCAAGUGUUCAGAAAAAUGAUGCGUUAUUAAGCACAUCAAAUCCAAGCAAUUCGGCAGCAGUAAACGUAUAUACGUGUAUUGCUCCUUCGGCGUUUCCCAAUCACCAGCAAACACCUGUAUUUAAUUUCGAUCCAGACUUUAGAAUGAGUGGCGGCGCAAUUUCAUUCACCAAUUCGCCUCAACCUUCAAAUUUUGUAGACUCAAACAAAGGGUAAGUUGAAAAUAUACCAGGUAAAUCGAGUAAGGCGGUAUUUAUGUGAUCACGAGAAAUAUUGUGUGAUGAAUAGUUUAAUUACCUCUGUGAUUCAAUAUUUUGUGCCACCUAAAUAUAUGCAUCAGUAACAAAAUAAUGUGCAUAUAGUCGCUACUUUGUAUUGUUUUUGUUCAACUGUGCUUAGCCAAUUGUUUAUUUUUCGGAAGCGCUAAUUUUAAGCAUAAGAAGAGACGUCGCUUAACACAGUAACACUCUGCACCAAACCAACGAUGAACUUGUCGUUGAAGAGGCUCGAUAGAAGACUGUCGCUCGUUUUAUAAUACGUGUCUAGACUGUGACCAGAAGAUUAGAAACUCACUAAUUAACUGCUUCGGUUUGGGCACCUGGGUAGUAUCACAGCCCUCGCACAAGUCAAAUGAGAUUUGUGUGGCACAUAUAUAUCUAGUUCCCCUUUGGACCAAUAUUUAUGUGCUUAAAUAAAAUAAAUUGCCUGGUUCACGAGGAUGAGUAACUGAAAUGUCCAACUAUCCUACAACUAUAUUGAAAUAUACCAUAAAAAGUCCAAUGUACGAAGUAGAACUAUGUUUAAUAGAGUUUGGAACACAAUCCAUAUUAUCGGUUCUGUUUAGCUUAAAAAUACUGUCAAUGAGCAUUAUUUUUAUAUCUGCAAUUGAAUGACUAAGGUCGUAUUAGUGAAAUGGUUGAGUUCAUUCAAUACAUCGUUUUUAUCUAAUGAAUCAUGACUCAAAAUCCGAUAGCACGCUUGACUUCCGUCACCCUGCAUCACUUAGUUUAAAUCUUCAUAAUUUUGGUGUUUAAUAGGUGUUAGUUUGUGUAACAUGAAAUGUUUAUUCACUGAUCUUUAUUUUCUAAUGUAUGCUGUAAAUUUAGUCCCACUGAUUCAUUGUACGACGUCUAUUGUCACCGCAUGUUCUCAUAAUCAUUACUGGUACAGAAUGACUUUCGUUUCGCUUAUGAACUGAAGCAAUCUGAGUUGAUACAAACACAUGUGUACUAAGUUUUACGUUACAAAUUUAAAGCUGUAACAGGUUAUUUGAUACAUCUGAUUAUGUCACUCAAGAAUUUUAAAGCUCAUGAAUAUAAAUUCUUAUCCUUUUUGUGAACUAGAGCUCAAGAAAAUGAAAUACGCAAGAAAGCUCAUGCAGUACGCCGCUUACGUAGAUGAGAUGGUCGAAACGCUAUUGAGUGUCUACUGGUGAAGAAACCGAACAUAACAUCUUAUCACAUGUUUGUACAUAAGGACUUACUGAAACGUACUAUUUGUAAAAAACAUUAAUUCCAUUACACGUUAUUAUUAAAUCAUCAAUUCCUUGUGCUAUUAAUAAUAACCUGUUAUCAUAAUAUCCGAAAUCCUCAUGAUAUUAACUAAAACUGAAUUGAGUAACUUUUGGUGAAACAUUUAGUGACCACUAUAAUAACCUGAAUGAUAUAUCACUCCCAUACAAAACGAGAUGAAAUAAGAUACGAAUGGAAGUAACAUACAUUGCUGUGCAAUCCUGCUUGAUGACCAAAUAUUCCGAAUGAUGAACAGCAAAAUACAUAAAGGAACAAGGUUCCCGUGGAUAUUGAUAGCAUCCGACUCAUUCGGUUUGUCGAUUGAUUGUGGCUAGCUUAUUACUGCUAAGUGACGAUGUAGUGUGUUGAAUUGGGAGAUGGAAACCGAUUAUAUUUCUCAUUCUCUCCGAUGUACCAAUGGGUUGGUAGUAUGCUCACUCACAUUUGCAGACAUCCAAGUUUCCUGGAUUCAACCAAUCACCUUAUUCAUGCUAAUGACAGUUAGAUGAGAAAGUUGCGAACUGUGUAGUGCUUCGGUUCGACUGGUCACAUUUUACCAAGGUAUAACAAGGGAUAAUUGAUGUGACUAUAUUUUUCAUGACACAAAAGCAGGAGAAGCUGUAUUGGAGACGAGACAAAGAGUGGAAUAACUAGGUUGACAAUUCAAGAUUUAGACAGUAUUAUGGCUAGUAGGUGAUCAAAUGAACUGACUUGAUUGGAUUAUUCUCACGCUGUGAACAAGUGUUCUUCUCAGAACUGUCAUGGUGAUUUUAUUGACCAAGUUUGUGAAAUGCAUCACCAAGUUUAUUACAUGAUGUAGUAUAAUCUGAUCAAUUGAUCACACCAUUUCAGUGUUUAUCCGUUGACAGAUCAUCUAUCAAGUGAACAAUCUUAUUAAGGAGCAUCUAAAAUGUUGCUUGAUGAGAACUUGUUCUUAUUGAGGAACAACGAAAUCCUUUAUGUACAACGAAGUGAGAAUAAAUCGCAUCAGGUGACGUGUCGAAUCUCCUCCUCACUAGUUUACAGAUAAGUGAUAAUUGAUUAGACAACGAGUGUAUGCAUACAUGGUGUGAGCACCGGUUGAAUACUAGUAUAUACACCCGUGACUGACUAGCUCUGUGAGGAAGUGAUAGUUCCUGGAAUAUAGUUAACCGAAUUCACAAGUGUGAGUGAUUGAUCAGAGGUGAUAUUGUCUCAGGUGUUAUUCGUAUGUCAGGUGUAAGGACACUGUUCUCAUGUAAAUAAUCCAACAUGCACACACAGAACCCUUUACGACGAGUUUGUGGCACCAGUUUGACUAGGAUGUGAUUAUUUGCUGCCUACUAUGGGAUUAAUUCACCAGGACACUGAAAUAUACGUUUGAAUGUGGUGUCAGUGUUCGCUCAAUACAGUGUGUUUUAAUAAACCGCGAGAAUUCGGAGAUUAACUUUUCUUAUCUGUUGUUUGCGUCAGAAUUGUCAUGGGAAGACUAAUUACGGUAAUUCACUAGUGUGAACAGAUGAGAAAGGAGAGUUAAAUGGUUCGAAGACCUGUUGGUACUAAAUUAAAUUAUCAAGUAGAAUGGUAAGAAUAUGUGUAUGGACGAAAAUAAUUCGAUAAUGAAUUAGGAGUGAUGCACUGGAUGAGUCAGUCUGAAUUGUGUUGCAAGACAUGUUGCAGGGAGGAGACAUCAAGUGACAAUCACCUCUCUUGAUGUCUUGGUCAGUGAAGUGUCAGACCACGUGUAGUUAUUCUGUCUGGUAUUGUGGUGGAUUAACACUACUCUUAGUAUUUUCUCUGGUUGGUUCCGAGGUGUGGUUGAUGGGAACAGGGUUCCUGUGGAUAUUGAUAGCAUCCGACU